AAUUCAAAUGCAAAAUUUUUAAACCUCAAGUGAAAUCAAGCUUGGCAAUCAAGGGAUAGAUUUUUUAUCCAUGAAUUAUGAUGCCUCUGAAUUUAUUAUUCUUAGGCACACACUUUUAACCUAUUAUAGAAAAGUUGGGAAAUCUUAUAAAAUUUAACAAGAAAUGCAUAAUUUCAUAUCUAAUUGGGAUAUUUAUGAUUUAAUCUUACACCCUUAUGAGAAAUUUUUAGGAGUCAUUCACAAAAGUAAUUUCAAAGUAUGUUACACAGGUCUUAGAUUUUCUUAAAAAAAAAAUAAAUGGCUAAUUUAUUAUAAUUGUUAGCUACUUGAUGUUGAUAAUUCACUCUUUUUUCCUUUAACUUUUCAUUUAAAUCCCAUCUUAAAUUUAAUCAAUACUACAUGUAAUUAAGCAUUAUUGGAGGAUUAAAUUGGACUUUUUCUACUUUAAGUUAGAUAAAAUACCAAAAAAUUAAGAAAAUAUUAAAUUUAAGGAGAAAGGAUUAAGUAUUUUGAUCAAAAAAAACUAAUCAUAUCAAUAUGUCAUAAAAAAAUAUUUAUUUAUAAAUACUAUCAUUUUUAACCUUUACAUGUAUACAAUGCAAAAUGUAACAUUUUUGAUAUUAUAUUCAAUGAUUAAGGUUUGAUAUUUAUAUUUUGCUCCAGUGGUUUAAUAAUAUGGGAUUUAAAUGUAUAAAAAAGAUAAUAAACUAUUCAAUUAGAUCCAAUACUUAAGAAUCUAAGUGAUCAAUUAUAAUUGUACUAUUUAUAAGGGGUGAUAAUUUUCUCAACAAAUGAUAAGACUUUUUAUUAAUUAACCUUAGAUGGAAAUAAAAAUGAAAAACCAAUUAAAUUAACAAAAGAGUUUCCAAAAUUUUUAUCUAAUUCAAAAGGAAACAUUUUCUUUUUAUUAGAGUAUCAUUAAUCUACUGCAAAAUCAAAUAAAUUAAGAGUAUACGAAUAACUAUGA